AUGGGCAGAUGCUGCUUCUACACGGCGGGGACACUGUCCCUGCUGCUGCUGGUGGCUAGUGUCACGCUGCUGGUGGCUCGAGUCUUCCAGAAGGCGGUGGACCAGACAAUCGAGAAGAAUAUGGUGUUACGAAACGGUACCGAGGUCUUUGACUCCUGGGAGAAACCCCCUCUACCUGUGUACACCCAGUUCUACUUCUUCAACGUCACCAAUCCAGAGGAGAUCCUUCAAGGAGAAAUUCCCAUACUGCAAGAAGUGGGGCCAUACACCUACAGGGAACUUAGGAACAAGGCAAACAUCCAGUUUGGAGAGAAUGGAACAACCAUAUCGGCUGUCAGCAAUAAGGCAUAUGUUUUUGAACGAAACCAAUCUGUUGGCGACUCUAAUGUUGACUUGAUUAGAACGAUAAAUAUUCCUCUGUUGACUGUUGUGGAGCUGGCCCAGAUGCCCCUGCUCAAGGAAAUCAUCGAGGCCAUGCUGAAAACCUACCAGCAGAAGCUGUUUGUGACUCACACAGUGCACGAGUUGCUCUGGGGCUACAAAGAUGAGAUCUUGUCCCUCGUCCAUAUUUUCAAACCUGACAUCUCUCCUAACUUUGGCCUGUUCUAUGAGAAAAAUGGAACUAAUGAUGGAGACUAUGUUUUUCUAACUGGAGAAGACAAUUACCUCAACUUUACAAAAAUUGUGGAGUGGAAUGGAAAAACGUCACUGGACUGGUGGACCACAGACGAGUGCAAUAUGAUUAACGGGACAGAUGGAGAUUCUUUUCAUCCACUGAUAACCAAGGAUGAGGUCCUCUACGUGUUCCCGUCUGACUUCUGCAGGUCGGUACAUAUAACUUUCAGUGGUUUUGAGACUGUGGAGGGACUGCCUGCUUUUCGGUAUAAGGUGCCUGCAGAAAUACUAGCCAAUACCUCUGAAAAUGCCGGCUUCUGCAUACCUGAAGGAAACUGCAUGGACUCGGGAGUGCUGAACGUCAGCAUCUGCAAGAACGGUGUGCCGAUUGUCAUGUCCUUCCCACACUUUUACCAAGCUGACGAGAAGUUCGUUUCUGCUAUAAAAGGCAUGCGCCCAAACAAGGAAGACCAUGAAUCAUUUGUGGACAUUAACCCUUUGACUGGAAUUAUUUUAAGAGCAGCCAAGAGAUUCCAAAUCAACACUUAUGUUAAAAAAAUAGAUGGCAUUGUUGAAACGGGAAACAUUAGGACUAUGGUUUUCCCAGUGAUGUAUCUCAAUGAGAGUGUUCUCAUUGACAAAGAGACUGCAAGUCGAUUGAAGUCCGUGACUAACACAACUUUGAUAGUCACCAACAUACCCUACAUCAUCAUGGCACUGGGAGUGCUCUUGGGCUUGGUUUUCACAUGGCUUGCAUGCCGAGGACAGGGGCCCAUGGAUGAGGGAACAGCAGAUGAAAGAGCACCCCUCAUACGAACCUAA